CCUCUACAUACUUCGUCACACACACAAAAAAAAACAAGGAAAUAUUAGCGGAAUGGCAUAGAAAGACUAUAUUCAACUUAAAUGACAUCGCCGCUCAUUUUCGGAUAAUCGUGGGAAUUCAUUUUCAGGAGCUUCAACGACCUUCAAGGUCCGGAUCCCCUCGCAGCUCAAAAAUGAACUACAAACUGCUUUGCUCAGGGCACACGGCCCGUCCUGUUGUCCUGUUCCUGUCUAUUCUUGUCAUCGCCAGUGGCAGCCGUGAGUUGUCUCAAAACCUUACAGUGAAGCAAAAUAAAUGUCUGGAGGACCAGCAGUACCCUGCAGCAGGCUUGUGCUGUCUCAACUGUGCAGCUGGGACCUUUGUAAGUAAGCCCUGCACUCAGGAUCUCCAGCAGGGAACCUGCUCCCCCUGUGAACCUGGGCGCUCCUACACUGAACACCCAAAUGGCAUGGACCGCUGCUUGCAGUGCACUCUGUGCCGCAUGGAUCAAACAGUGACUGAACCAUGCUCUAGUAGGAGAGACACGCAGUGUCAGUGCAAGACUGGCUUCUUCUGUGUGCCAGACCAAGCCUGUGAGGUGUGCAAAAAAUGCACUAGGUGCAAGGUAGAGGAGGAAGAGGUGAAGAAAUGCACGCCAAUCUCCAACACCAUUUGUGAGAAGCUCAGCCCUCCUGUAGACCCAGCAACUGACUCUCCCUCAACCACUCGUUUUUCCAGCCAUAUUGCCAUGAUUGCAGGGACAGUCAUACUACUCAUUUUUUGUCUGAGUGGAUGUGCUGUUGGUGGUUUUUGUUGGUGCAAGAGGCAGUCAGAUCUGGCUUCAGCAUGUGAAUGUCCAAUUGAGGAUGUGAAGAUUCCAAUUGAGGUUUCCCUCCAAUCAGCAGAGGAAAAGCAGAACACCAAAAAUGCUGGACUGGAAGAGGGUGAGGAGCCUCGUCCUGAGUCAAGCCCCCUGCUCCAGGAGACUCAGGGCGUGGUCACUAAAGGCUCUGCCCUGGAGGACGAGGACAGGGGGUUGGGCGAUAGUCUGCCCAACACCACAAGUUCCUCUCAGACAAGUCUCAGUGCAGUGCCUACAGCUGUACUUAAUGGAGUGGAGACACCAGGUCACAGUCCCCCCAUGAUGAGACCCAAUUGCUCUACAGAUUGUGAGCCAGAGCACUGGUCCAGGGAUGAAGUGUUGAACAGACGUCUGUUGCCUCUGCUUGGAGAGGAGACAUCCCUCAGCAAGAGUUUUGACCUGUUUGACACCUUUCUGGAUGUACGGUUCCACAACAAGUUCUUCCGCAGCAUUGGAGUGAGUGACAAUGCUAUUAAGAUUGCAGAGAGUAGUCCACCUGGGGACAAGGUGUAUGAGCUGCUUUGUGUCUGGAUGCAGAGAGAAGGGCUCCGUGCCAACAUCAAUGAUCUAAUUCAGGCAUUACUGCAGCUGGAUCAACGCUACUCAGCUGAAAACAUUGCCACUAGGGCUGUAGAGAGAGGAUUCUACCGGUUGGCAUGACCUAUGCCUGGUUCAACUCAGGAAGGGAGUAUGAAGAAAAGUCAAAUUAGGACUGAAAGGAGAACCUAGAGGUCUAGAUUCCUGAUAAUUGGGGUGUUUGUGAACCAAAAUCAAGCCCUUUGGUUUGUCUCUACUCACCAGUUGUGGACUAGCUGGUUGGAAUGAUCCAGACAUUUUUGAGAGUGGAGCUCUCUGCCCUGUAUGUAGCAUAUGAUUAGCGUUAUAAAGCCAACACUGAACUCUGCUCCUGAUUGUGCAUUCCCUAUCCAUACCGGCUCUAUGCACUGCUCUCAGGCACGUUUAUGACUGUAAUAAUUAGCUGAAUUAAUAUCUCUGUGAAGACUCUGAUGUCAGUGGUAUGCACUGCUUAAAGUAAAACAUGGUAGGCUUACUUUAUUGUGUUUCCAUGGCCAGUUUAAGUUAAUGCAUGGAAUUAGUUACACAUAUAGUACCACCUUACUGGUAAGCAAUCUUCUUGGAAGUAUUGCUAAAGUGGUUUUACCACCACUCAUUGCCACAGAUGCAUCCAAAGGUGCAUCACUGCUCUGAGUGCAGGUACUGGCCACACAAGACGAUUAGUGGCCAUGGUGGAGCCUUAGAAUGUUCACCCGACAAUUGGUUGAUCUGCCGAUGCGAGUCUGUUGCUUUGGAUAAAAGUGUCUGCCAAAUAGCUAUACCAGUCAGCUUUAACUUUAAGAGGAUUUAUGUCAACACUCAGGGCCAGAUGUACUAAGAAUAGCGAUCGUAACGUUUUUUGCACCAAGGCCAACACGCAGAAAGCACACGCUAAAAUACUUCAGUUUACGUCCUAUUUACCAAUCCUGAAAUUCGUUGGGUAAUCUGCGCCGUUCUCCGCCCCCUAAAGGCCCGAUCACAUUAUAAGCGGCAUGCGCUAUGAAACCCAUUCAUUUCAAUGGGUUGAGAGCGCAAAAGCGGCUCUGCCGCUGUGCUCAGUAAAGCGCAGCGCCGGCGGCAUUUUGCCACUUUGCUGCUGUUGCGCGUACCGCGGUCAAAGUUGAAAUAUGUUGAACUUUGACCGCGGCGCGCUGUAAGUGAAUGGUCUUUUGCGCGGAGCCCAGCAGUAACCAUAGAAAUAGGAGCGGUAACAGCAACAAAAAUCGUAGAACGUUAUCUCAACCAAGAGCAACCUAGCGGUGAGCGCAGCGCAUGCCGCCUGUAAUGUGAUGGGGCCUUAACGCAGUUUGCGAAGGACAACAACGGAACGAUACUUCAAUCAGAAGCGCAGUUGAAUGAAGUUAACUGAUGACAAAAUUAAAAGGAAUCCGACGUUUUCGAUCAUGAAAUAACACAAUGCAUAAUGUCAACAAGCAGGAAGAUAAUUUAGAGCAGUAGUUCUACUCGAACUAGGCUUACUUGUGCACGUAGGCUAUGGAAGAUUUAUCAAAUCCAACAAGUAGGAAAGUUAGGCGCAUUUAACGCUUCUCCUCCCAUCUUUUUACACAAACCUCCUACUAUCAGCUGACACUCCCAUAAAUCCAUAUGCAUGAGACGGAAAAGCGCAAUUUGCCAUUUUCAGCUCCUGCGACAGGCAGUCUGCGCCUUCACCUCAUUGCGGCUUGUUAAUACAUACCUCGCCAUCUUUCUAUGCACACGUUGCGAAACAAAUACGCCUGAAGUGGGCGCAAAAGCGUUAGUACAUCUGUCCCUCAGUGGCAGUUCAUAUUCUAAGGAUUCAUAUGUGGUGCUAUAGCUCAGGUGCACUGUACAUGUAUUCCACAUAAACUAAUAGAACAGAGGCACAGGAAUGGAGUACACUAACAUAGUCACAAUUUAAAAUGAUCAACACUGAUGGCCUUAUCUGUCUAUCAAUAUCUAAGAAAUACUUUUUUUUUUUUCUUUCAGUAAAACAUAUUUUUUCCCAUGUCUAAGUCACCAGUGCUUUCCUUGCUUAAUUUAUUUUUUGGAUACAUUUAUUUAUUUGUCAAUAUGUUGUCAAUAUUUAUACUGUUUAUAGAGAUUUCACCAGUAGUACUUGGGACUCAACUGGCAAGUCUGUAACAAUGAUAUUCAUUACAGAGACCUUCACAUUGCCCUUGCAACAUGUAGAUGCCAGUCAAAAGUGUGGACACAUUUAAAAAAUCUGCAAGUGUCUUGCUACGGGCACAAGUGCAGUCCCACAUUUUAUGUUGUUUAGAUAAGAAAUGCAAAACAAAUUGUUAAAUAUAAAUACAAAAUAUAUUGUUAAAUAUUGGCCAAAUGAUAUAGCCACUGUAGCCACUCCGCCUCUCACAGGUUUGCUUGCAUAAAAUUAUUCAGAGGAAACACUGACCCACACAGGCUUUUCAAAAUGACAUAAAAAAAGUGUGUGUUCAUAGACUGAAUAGUCUGAAUAGUUUGAAUAGUCUAGGCUAAUUUGGAUUGUCUUUGGACUAUGAAUAAACAAACAACAAUUCCAAUUGCAGGGUCCCAAAUUGAAAUAAGGGACAAUUUGAACUGUUGGUCCCAAGAGAGGUUUCAGAAUGCCGCACAUGAAAAGCAUGGCCAAUUUACGACACUGAGUGGACACAUACUCUGAUGUGUAAUUUACAGGCUACUAGAGCCUGUUUUUGCAAAGUCACAUCAUUGCAAAUUUAAUUUGAAGAUGCAUCAUUACACAAAAUGUCAUCCCUAUCAUCAAGUUAAUUAAUUAGGCUAAACAUAUAACUUAGCCUUAACCCAAAACAGCAGUUAGGCCUAUGUCAUUUUGAUCUGUAAAAAAUGUCACAGGUAGCCAUGCUUAAAUUAUGCUUACUUAAUAAUGUAAUACAUUAGCCUGUGAUAUAAUAUUCAAUAUUCAUUAUUCAUUAAGCUGGAAUUAGUUGUAUUUGGCCUACCUCCCCAAUAGCAUAAUUUAAAUUGGCACUGUUAUAGUGUCCUACAUUGUUUAUUUCGAAGAACCUGAAACAUUAAGAAAAUCAAUGGUUUGGUUACCCAUUUUUGCGCAUUGCAUAAUUGAAUAUAAAUAUUGUGUGUAGUGUGUAAUAGUGUGUCCAAACUUUUGACUGGUACAUGGUGUGUGCAUGUGUAUGUAUGUAUACAGUAUGUAUAUAUAUAAAUGAAGAACUCUUUUCCAAAACGCUAUAUCCACCAUUUCAAUGCAUUUUCAUAAAUUAUUCCAAUUGGGUUAUUGUUAUUUGAUUUAUCUUUACUCAAUCAAAGCAAUACAACAGCACUUUUAUUGAUAUUACCUGAAAUAUACAUAUAAAUAUAGUUUAUAGCGUCUUGGUAAAGAGUUCUUCAUCUCUUCAUAUACCGUAAUUUCCCGACUAUUAGCCGCGGCUUAUACAUUGAUUUUGCAAAAUUUCUUCAGCUAUGAGGUUAAUACAGGGGGGCAGUUAAUGUGGUUUUGUUUCUUUCAACUUGCAUAAAACAUUGUCCUGUAGUAGCUUAUACACAAUGUGGCUUAUAUGCGGGAAAUUACUGUAUAUCAUAUAUAUAUAUAUAUAUAUAUAUAGGUGUGUGUGUGUGUGUGUGUGUGUAUACAUAGUCAUUUUCAAAGAGAGCAUCUGCGCCUGUAAAAGUGGCUGUUGUCCUUAUAGGUGCGUAGGCUCCUAGCAAAUGCUAUAAUAAAAAACAGGAAUGGAGCUCGCUCACAAAAAGUAUAAUCCAAAAAAACGAGAGUUCACAUCUAAAAAGUGAUUUAUUGGCCCACCAUGCUUAUAAAAGAGACCUCAAGUGCAAGGGUUUUUUGGAUUAUACUUUUUGUGAGCGAGCUCCAUUCCUGUUUUUUGUGUAUAUACAGUACAUACACACACACAUACACAGUAUAUAUAACUGCCAACCGUACUUGCCUACAAAGACAAAGUACAAUACAGAAUCAUUCAUAUAUUGCCCUGUCUAUAUAGACAGAAGGGUAUGCAGAGAAGGUAUACAUAAUAUAUUUCAUAAUUGAUUUGUUGUUGUUACCUGUUUCUGUGUUGAAAUCUGAUGACGACUGCACUUGUGAGUUAUACUGAUCUUUAUAGUCAAAUGAGAAACCUCCAAAUAGAAGUACUUUUUCAACCGUUGGCUUCUAGCUUUUUCUGUUUUCUGUCCAAAAUUGUUAUGUUUGAACAUUUAGGGUAGACAUAAAGCUAAGACUACAAACACUAAAACCACAUCCACAUGACAUGCACAGAUAUAUGUAUUCAUGCAUUUAAUGCAUUACCUUAAUAUUACUAGUUGUUUAUAUUAAUAACAAAUUCAGCUCUUAAACACACAUCCUUUUUUACACAGAAAAUACUUCAGAUGUCAGAAUGACCAGCAACUGCUGACAUGUUGUUGUUCGGUUGUACCAAUGACUGUGUACAUGCGCACCAUAUUCUGAUUCAAAUCCAUAUUCUGGUUAAGGCCAUAUUUAGAAUAAGAUGUUUACAUGCACAGCAGUGUUGAGCCACAGGAACAUUCCCAUUCAUAUGUACAUAUUAAUCAACAUAUUCUGAAUCAGCGAGCAGUGUACAUGACUUGUAAAUGACUUCUCAACAGUUUGUCCCUCAAUUUCUUCUAUUUCACCAUGUUACCAAAAUAGCACAAACAUUUGCAGACAUAAACUGAUAUUCUGAGAGGGGCAUUUUCUGACUAAUGUGUUUUCAUGCCCCAAUCGGUAAUCAAAAUAUGAUUUUAAUUGACUUACAGUGUUUACAUUACUCAUAUGCAAUCAGAAUAUUGUCAUUAUCCUUAUUAAAACAGGAAUAUGGUGUGCAUGUCAAUGUAGUAAAAUGUAAUUGUAAAUGUAGUUUCAUGAAGGAGUAGAUGGCUGUCAUUAUGUUGUUAAGUUGAUAUUCUCACUAAUUUUGUAGUGACGGCUAGUGUUUUUGCACACCAAAUCCAAGUCUCAUAUUUUACAUCCCAUGUUGUUGGCUUGUUUGUAUUUUUAUAUAUUUUUUGUUGCUGAAAUGUAUCUAGGAUGUUUAAAUUUUUAAUAAAAGCUUCAAG